CGAGCUGUAUUGCCCGUUGAAAUCAGAUUCCCUAUUCUCUGCAAGAUGGAAAAGGGAAGGCAUCGCAUCCCUGGACGGCUAUAAAAGAGAAAACUGAGUACCAUUGCUAUAGGAAGCGAGGGAAGACGAAGCAAGAAUACUUUGAUUUUCACUGCCCGUUUCAGCAGGACGCUCUCUUCGUGCAUUGCAUCCUCUUGCAGCGUGUUCAAGCAUGGCACAUCAACUGGAUCCUCUGUCCCUUGCCUGUCUGGUGUUCGCUGUGCUUCUGCUGGUGUCCGGUCACAUGGUUAACGGUAGCUCUAGUGUUGGAGAAAGUAUUGAUUUCGAUAGUGUUGAUACUGGGAUGCAGGACGAAGUGGACGAGGAAGAGGGUCAAACCGGUGCUGACAAUGGAGAAGGUGCUGGUGCGGGCAUUGAGGAAGAAGGUACUGGUGCCAGUUGUAUGGUGAGGAGAAUGCUGAAGGCUGGUACUGCACAGAGCAAAGCGCUGCAUUACGAGCAACGUGCUCUCCUGGUUCCGAUGUCGGAGGAUGUGAUAAGUAGCACUGACAUCGGUGUUCUGAAGUUCGUCUUGCAGUCUACAAGAGCUGAUGCUCAGGCAAUUCAGAAAUGUAUACUUCAACAGUCCGAUGUUUGCAAGACCUACUCCCCCUGUCUUAAUGGUGGUCAGUGUCAGUUGUCGCUGUCCAAUACGUCAUACGUAUGCAAGUGUCAUCCUGACUUCACUGGGGAUUACUGUCAGACACCGCAUCCUGCUCCGUUAGAUGAGUUCAGGAAUCUACAGAAUGAAGUUGAAGAGCUACGAACGCAACUGGCAGACACUCGAAGCAGAACUCAGUACCUGGGCACAGGCUGUAAUCUUCGAACUCUCGGAUACAAGUACCAGAGUGGUCACAAUGUCAACAGUGAACUGGAUGAAGGACUGAUAACAUCAGUGACGUUCAGAAAGAAGCAUGCCAACACUGUACUCAAGUUAUCAUAUACUGGUAAUAUACGGACAUUGGGAGCAGCCACAGCUGCGCGGUGGUACUUGAAGGUCGAUAACAGGGAGUGCGCCAGACCUACCAAGAUUGAUAUAGCCAUGUACCAGAGCAGCAACGACAACACCCAUGUCCCGGCCGUAUUGACUGGUAUCUGUGAGUCGACGUACAGCAGUGGAGCUAACAUUGCAGCUGGAGAUCACACCAUCACUGUACAUAUCGGAAGAGUUUCGGGUUAUCACAUUGGUAAUGCCCACUCAGGAUGGGCGUCUACAUCUAUUCUGGAAAUUCAAGAAAUGUGUCCUCAAUACUAAGAGGGGGGGGGGGCACCGUACAAGUCAUUCCAUACAGGACCAGUGGAUUGUGAAUGUAUGAAGGCACUUCCCCCCAGCUUCUCCCCAGGCACUUCUCCCCACUUCUUCCGUUGUCUGCACCUGUUCUUUUAUAAUUCAAUAAAUUCUGAGUGUAAAAAAGGUAUAGUGGAUACUCCAAUGUAUUCUCGCUUGCACCUUUUGGCACUAUUGCCAUCACAAUCAUUUAGAUUUAGAUUUUGCACCUCUUUCGCAACACAGUUUUUUCUUCUCAACCCCACCAAUGGCUUGUUUGUUUUUUCAAUUAGAAAAUUGACCGUCUAUGAUGAUUGAUGACUAAUCAACACAAUGCUAUGGGAAAAAGGUCUUGCGCAGUUAUCACUGGUACACGCACGCAUACAUACGUAGUUAUUACGUACACACAUACACGCACAAAUGGGUGCAUAGAUGUAUCUUGGUUCGUGCCUGUUUCAGCGAUUGGUAUUAUCAGUAUUUUUGUAUUACGUGCAUCAUGUCAGUUCGACAUCUCCAGCAUUAGCAUCUUAGCACUGGUGGACGCAUUAUAACAGACCUGCGAUUGGCAGAUGACAUUGAUCUAGUGGCUGGCAGCGAGGAAUCAGCACUGAGAAGAGUAAGCUGCUGGUAACGGGAGCAAGCAAGGGUAUGUUCGCAAGCAUAGCCAUCGACGGGAAGCAGUUCGAACAGGUUGACGAGUUUAAAUAUCUGGGUAGCACGAUUACUGAUGAUCAACGUUCAAUCAAAGAAGUGAGGAGUCGGAUCGGAGCAGCCUUGGCUGCUGUUGCACGACUAGUAACAAUCUGGAGGGAUAGAAACAUCAGUAUCGGCUCGAAAUUACGUCUACUCAAUGCUAUUUUUUUAUCCAUAUUCUUAAAAUGCUUGCCAGUCUUGGACAUUAACUGCUGAAAUUGUGAAAAAGAUCGAGGCUUUCGAAAUGAGAAGCUAUCGACGCCUUCUCAGGA